AUGCCCGGAGGAGUAUGUGCCGUCCUCGACUACGAGGUCGACCAAAUGGCCGAGUUCGUCGCCGAGAUGGCUACCCGUGUCGUCACACCCCUGACAACCUCUGCCGUUACGCCGCCCUUCCGCAAGUUCGUCUCGCAGAUCCUCUCUUCCACGAGACUGCCCAAGAGCACCAUCCUUCUCGGCAUGAACUACCUCGCGAAGCGCGUCAACACCCUGAAGCAGAACAACGCCGCCUACACCGUCCCCGAGGGUCAGGUCUGGCGCAUGCUGACGGUCUCUCUGCUUCUCGGCAGCAAGUUCUUGGACGACAACACCUUCCAGAACCGUUCAUGGUCGGAGGUCAGUGGUAUUCCCGUCGCUGAGCUCAACGCUCUGGAACACGAGUGGCUGGAGCAGUCGGGAUGGCGUCUCUACGUCAACUUGGACUACAGCGCGGACUACAAGGCUUGGCUCACCAGUUGGGAUGAGUGGAAGAUCCUCAAGGAUCAGGCCAAUGCUCGUGCCAACCGCGAGAGGCUCGUUCCCGCCAUCGACACCAGCCUCAACCGGUACAAUGGUCGUUCUUCGUACCAAACCUUCGUUCAGCAGCAGGCAGCUGAAUACGAGCGCUAUGAGGCCAUCAAGCGCAACGAGAUUGCCCAUCAGCAGGCUUACGGCAACUGGAACUGGCAAGCGGCUCCGCUCACACCACCCGACUCCGGCUACGGCACUCCCGAGUACAUCAACUCGGCAACAUCGGCCAACGCCCGAUACAACGAUUGGUUCUCCCAGGCAGCCGCCAGCGGCCAGUGGAACACUCGCUACCAGCAGCCUUCGCACAACUACUACAACCAUCGUCAUAAUCAGACGUUCUCUGGCCACUACGGCUACAACCAGAACAUGUGGGAGCACGGCGUUGCCGAGUGCAAUUGCGCAAGCUGCGUUGGGCCUGCUGUGAAGCCGCCCGCCUACUUUGCCCACCCCGGCUUCAGCCAGCCCGUCAUGGGCUAA